UCAGGGGAGAGAAGAGAGAGACAGAGAAGAGAAAGAAGAGAAAGAGAGGUGUUCUGGUUCCCUGGCUCCUACCCCAAGCCAAGUGGAGCUUCUAACAGGUUCAACACCCAGGACAAGCGGGGGCGCCCCGCCUCCCGGGCGCCCGACGUGGACGCCGCCGCCGCCGCCGCGCGGGAGUCGCUGUCCGCGGAGCCGACAUGCAGGCGGCGCGGGGCGGCGCGGGGCGGCCGGGCCGGGCUGACCGCGGGCCGGAGGGCGAGCGGCCACCGGGCUCCGCAGCCCCGUCCCCUUGCGCCGCCCCGGGCCCGCCGGCCGCAGGAGGCGCCAUGCACCCGGGGCCGCCCCGCGCCGCGCUCCGCCUGUGGCUGGGCUGCGUCUGCCUCGCGCUGGUGCAGGCGGAUAGCCCUUCGGCCCCAGUGAAUGUCACUGUCAGGCACCUCAAGGCCAAUUCUGCAGUGGUGAGCUGGGACGUCCUGGAAGAUGAGGUUGUCAUCGGAUUUGCCAUCUCUCAGCAGAAGAAGGAUGUCAGGAUGCUGCGCUUCAUCCAGGAGGUGAACACUACCACCCGCUCGUGUGCCCUCUGGGACCUGGAGGAGGACACGGAGUACAUUGUGCACGUGCAGGCCAUCUCCAUUCAGGGCCAGAGCCCAGCUAGUGAGCCAGUGCUCUUCAAAACGCCCCGUGAGGCUGAGAAGAUGGCCUCCAAGAACAAAGAUGAAGUGACUAUGAAGGAGAUGGGGAGGAACCAACAGCUGCGGACGGGUGAGGUGCUGAUCAUUGUCGUGGUCCUGUUCAUGUGGGCUGGUGUCAUUGCCCUCUUCUGUCGCCAGUAUGACAUUAUCAAGGACAAUGAGCCCAAUAACAACAAGGAAAAAGCCAAGAGUGCAUCAGAAGCCAGCACUCCAGAGCACCAAGGCGGGGGUCUUCUCCGCAGCAAGAUAUGACAACAUUUGCAGUACUUGCUCUGAACAGCUCAGAAGACAGUAGAGAAUGUGAGAGGAUCUCAUGGUUCUGAGAAUGAUUACCCAACAAGCAAACAUCUGGCCCUCUCUACAUCUCCUUCCUCCAGCUCCUUAGGCCCUCUUACUUCCUGUCCCCUUGGCUUCUCUCUUCCUGGCACCUUUUUCCUGAAGCCUCUUAUUAAUCCCCAUCUACAGAAGCGCCUCAAUAGUGUCAGUGACCGAGGCUGCACUCAGAGGCAGAUCUGCAGGAUGCGAGAGAAGCAGCCAACAAGACGGCUCUGCUGGGGGUGGACUCGAUACAGGGCUGUGAGCCCAUAACAAGUCUUGGCCCUUCUAGUGAGACUGAAGACUGGGCUUGAGAAGGCAGAAACAAGACUUCAAGGCAGGGCUACCUUUUCCUUCUACUCUGGACAAGAGUCUAGCUUUUAGGCUGUGAAAGCUAGACUGUUUUCCUUCCCCUGCUAUUCCUUUCCUUCUUGUGUUCUCUUCCUCUUUCCAACCUUGCAAGAAGUCUGUUCAAUUAAUCCUGGCUGCUUCUCUCAUUUUUUCCCCCUAGUUUCCAAACAAGUCCUCAGUGAACAUCACUGAAGCAUGACUGUCUGUCUGCAGGGUGAAGGGUUUCAUUUUUCUUCUCUGCUGGUCUCCAGGUCCACAGGCACAAGGAGAGGGAGGAGGGAGGGAGUUAACUUCACAGCCACCCAUGCCCCCUCCUCCUGCCUGUCCUAGCCUGGUGAAGGAGGCUGAACUACAAACCCAAAUUCUGCAAAGAAAAAUAAAUAACAAGCCACACAAAGUACAAGGCCUGGCCCCAUUCUGGACGAGGCAAAAGCUGCACAAGACUCAGUCUUCUUUCUGCCUCCUGGCCUCUCCUGGACUGGCUUCCUCUUUGGAAAAAUGCACAAAGUUCCUGGGAGAUGACUGGCACCUAGACUGACUCAAGGUGUGUCUUUCAGAUCAAGAACCAUCAGGGAAGCUGUAGAGCUGCCUGCCAAGCAGGGUCAUGGCUGCCAUCAAACCGUUUCUGGAUCCAGCCAUCAAGGCCUUGCUUGUGGUGUGAUGCACAACACUGAAGUGUGUAAGAUGUCUGUUUUAUCUCUUUUGGAAAACAAAAUUGAAGGGCUUCACUUUAAAGGAUGGAGGGAUCCCUGAGUUGGUCGCCUGCAUCUGUAUCUCUUUUGGUCCCUAUUUGACUGUCAGAUCAUCAUUUUGAGAUCAUAAGCAAACAAAGUAGGUUCAAAGACCUGGAAGGUAUUGGACCUGUUUUCUUAGGAAAAGUCUCUUAGAGUUUUAGCAGUGUUGGCUUAGACACCUGGAAAGAAGUACAUCCACACAGGACACUCAAAGGGUUGCUAAGUCGCCUACUUCGGAGUGGAAGCUGCUGCAACAAAGCCUGAGCCAUACACCGUGGACAGUGCAAACAGCUCCGGCCUCCUGGUCUCCACAUCUUGCCAUCUCAUCCAGGGUCUAUGAAAGCUCCCCAGGGUCCUCAUGCCUUUCCCUAGAGCCCAAGUGGUGUGAGGCGACUGGUCUCUCUCUCUCUCUCUCCACUGCCCCUUUUGGCUUAAAAAAAAAAAAUGGUGCUUGAAACGGGAAAGCAGAUUCUUCCCUAAGACUGAAGACUUAUGUUUGCUGGAUGCCUGUGUGAGAACAGGUGGACCUCUGCAUCGUCCAUUGAUGGCUAAGGACAGGGGUGUGGGAAGACCACAUCUAGCACAAGCCUGACAUAUAGUAGACACUCAGCCAGUUAUCUGUUGAACCAAGGAAAAGAGCACUGGCCCUCCCCAAGCCAGAGAGCUGAAAGCCAUCACCCAACGACCACCCUUUCCUUCCGGUCUAGAAGAGCUCUUAUGGCAAGGCUGGGCCAGCAACCACUCUGCCUGAGUAUAGUGGCGUGGGGAGGGAAGAGAGACAGGGUAAGAGGCAGAUGUCAGCAAUAUGCUAAGGGCUUCCUCGUGGGAGGGCAUGAGGCGCCACUCAUUGUCUUGUGACUUCCAUCCUUGCUGAAUGGGGCUGCAAGGCCAAGACUCCUUAGGGGAGAGAGGUCCUUACCUCUGAUUCAGUUAGAGCAAUAACCACUUUUUAAAUGUAAAAUAAAAGACAAAUGAAAAGGCA